UUGAAUCCGGACCAUGGGGAGCUGCACUACAGCUCCCAGAAUGCUGUGUGGGGCGAGGUCGGGAUGGGGUCUCCGCCUCGCGGCCAGGACAGAGCGCGGACGGCCGAGGUCACGCGCUUUCAGGCUGUGGCUGUAGCAGGAGCGGCAGCUAUGUUGCUGAGCAGCUGUCAGCGUCUCGGAGCGCGGCUCUGCUGCAUGCGCAGUGGUCUCCGGGCCUCCGAGGGUGGCCACCGGAACUUGGUCUCCUGCAUCGAUCCUUCCAUGGGACUAAAUGAAGAACAGAAAGAAUUUCAGAAAGUGGCCUUUAACUUCGCUGCCCAGGAGAUGGCUCCAAAUAUGGCAGAGUGGGACCAGAAGGAACUGUUUCCAGUGGACACGAUGCGGAAGGCGGCCCAGCUAGGCUUUGGUGGAAUCUACGUACGAACAGAUGUAGGUGGGUCUGGAUUGUCACGGCUCGAUACCUCUGUCAUCUUUGAAGCCCUGGCUACAGGCUGCACCAGCACCACAGCCUAUAUAAGCAUCCACAACAUGUGUGUCUGGAUGAUCGACACCUUUGGAAAUGAGGAACAGAGGCACAAAUUUUGCCCGCCGCUCUGUACCAUGCAGAAGUUUGCUUCCUACUGCCUCACUGAGCCAGGAAGUGGGAGCGAUGCUGCCUCCCUUUUGACCUCAGCUAAACGACAAGGAGAUCAUUACAUCCUCAAUGGCUCCAAGGCCUUCAUCAGCGGUGGAGGUGAAUCAGACAUCUAUGUAGUCAUGUGCCGAACAGGAGGGCCGGGCCCCAAAGGCAUCUCAUGCAUAGUUGUUGAGAAGGGGACCCCUGGCCUUAGCUUUGGCAAGAAGGAAAAAAAGGUGGGGUGGAACUCACAGCCAGCCCGAGCCGUGAUCUUUGAAGACUGUGCUGUCCCUGCGACCAACAGAAUUGGGAAUGAGGGACAGGGCUUCCUCAUCGCCAUGAAAGGACUGAACGGAGGGAGGAUCAAUGUUGCUUCCUGCUCUCUGGGGGCUGCUCAUGCUUCAGUCAUCCUCACCCGAGACUACCUCAAUGUCCGGAAGCAGUUUGGAGAGCCUCUGGCCAAUAAGCAGUACCUGCAAUUCAAACUGGCAGAUAUGGCAACAAGGCUGGUGGCCUCACGGCUGCUGAUCCGCAGUGCGGCCGUGGCUCUGCAGGAGGAACGGGAAGAUGCAGUGACCAUGUGCUCCAUGGCCAAGCUCUUCGCCACCGACGAAUGUUUUGCUAUCUGCAACCAGGCCCUACAGAUGCAUGGAGGCUAUGGCUACCUGAAGGACUACGCUGUUCAGCAGUAUAUGCGGGACUGCAGGGCCCAUCAAAUCCUAGAAGGUAGCAACGAAGUGAUGAGAAUGCUGAUUUCACGAAGCCUGCUUCAGGAGUAGCACCCAGACUUGAUGUUCUAGUGUGGUGUUUAAUGUGCCACUCGAAUCGUAUUGGAUGGCUUCAUGUGGAUAAUUCUGUUCCAGAUGAGUCAUGGAUUAGAUCUAAGGAUUGCCCUCUUCCAGGUGGACCCUUCACUCUGUGUGUUGGCAGCAGUGUCAGCUGUAGGACUGGGGCAGAGUCCUCAGAGAACUGGAGGAGCUGCUGUGAUUGGGGGUGUCACAAGAGGACAUACUACCUUGUUUCCCUGUUGCAGAAAGGUGACCAAUGAAGAUGCACCACCAAACCACAGUCCUCUCUCGGAUCCACAUUGUCUUGAUUUGUCUGCAUUUUGCUGAUUCACCAGAUCCUCUUCCAGGGGUCUGGGUACUUCCAUGGAGGGUUUUUCCUAAUUAUAAAGAAAAGGUGUGGGAAAAGAGCAAUGGAGAGAAAAUGUCCUCUUUUAUCUUUUUCUGUCCUCUGUGCCUCUGCUAAAGAUGCAGAAGAUUUCUGUGGGCCGCACUUCCUUUGUAGCACACCUCGGAAUGUAAAUCAUGAUAAAAUAAGUAUUAGGAAAACUUUGCUCCUAAGCUGUAAUUUAGGGUGUAUCUAUACUUCUGCACUACCUGAAUAUCAAGAACUUUGAAUAUUUGUUGUUUUCUUUUUUAGAAGCAUGUAGUCUGGAAUGGUAUUCAAAGUUUUUUAUAACCCUUCCUGGUAAAUACUUUGAGAAUAUUUUUUUCUAUCUGUGUUUUUGUUUUUUUGUUUUUGAAGUUGCUCUUCUUUUUAAAAGUUUUUAAUCACUGCAUUGCUAAAACCUACCCCUUUCUGUACCAUUUCAAGUUCUACCAAAGUUUUUAUCUUUCUAACUAAGCCUUUACAACUAUUUAAAAUUUUUUUAUUAUAUUUAAUUAAACAUUUAACUAGAUUUUGGAAUAAUAAUAAAAAACCUCUCCUUGACUGGCUUUCGAAAAAUAGGCCCCUUAAAUUACUAAUAGCUCUACAAACCAAGCAUUGUUCAUGAUUUGUGAAAGUAGAUUUAAAUAUUCAAAGAUGGAGACUUUUCAAAGAACCCUGUUAUAAAUGAUCAUUACAUUA